CGCGUGCUCGUAUACCAACAAAGUGAUCAUCUGCGCAGCCAUGGCACACGUUUGCGAGGACCUUUCCAAAUGGACAACUGUGGCACAGGAUGGGCAGGACUACGUUGUGGACAGCAAUCCAGCCAUCACUGUGACUUCAGAAGAGCCACCUGCCCAAGACAAUGCCGACCGUGUUGUCAAUGAGUUACCUACUGACCUCCAGGCUGAGAAUGCCGUGCAAGAGUCUCCUGUGCAAGAGGAUGCCAAGGCUGACGAUGUGGUGAAUGAGUCACCUGCCGAAGACGAUGCCAAGGUUGAUCAUGUGGUGGGGGAGUCAGACAAUGCCAAGGCUGACGAUGUGGUGGAUGAGUCACUCACCGAUCCCAAGACUGACCAUGCCAUGCAAGAGCCACCUGCUCAUGAAGAUCCCCGCGCGGUGGACAAUCAAAGUGUAGGUUCCGAUGGAUCUUGGGAUCGGGUUGAGUGUGCUCCGGAGGGCGACAAUCCACCCAUAGAUCCGGGCAGCUUCCCACGUCCUUCCAAGAACUUGGUCGCUGUUCUCAUGGGAGUCUUGAGUGUGGGCAUGGCUGGCAUGGCAGCCACAGCUCACAGCAUGUGUGGCUCCAUCGAUCUCACUAUGCAGGGUGCAAAGGUGGACAUCAUGAAAAGACUCGUUCCAUUCGGCGUGUCCCGUGGUUGCUUUGAAGGUGCUUUGGACUCGUGCAUCCUUCAGUUCAACGGCACAGUGAUUGACUCCUUUGGUAAGCAAAGCUACCUUGAAACAUGGCAGAAUCAAGGCUUUCCACCCAUCAACUGUCGUGAUCUUAGUGCUGAGAUUUGGGUUGGCAGCUUCCCACAGAAUUGCGAGGGAACUUGGUCUGAUUUCGGCCCGUGCUCCGCUUCUUGUGGUGGUGGCACCCGUUCCUGUGCCUUCCAAAUCACGCGUCCGGCGCAAAACGGAGGCGCGGCCUGUCAUGAGAUGAACCAGUUGAAGACCGAAAAGUGCAAUGACCAGCCGUGUCCGGUGGAUUGUGUCUUGCUUGACUGGCAGCCAGAUGUGAGUGGCUGCAGCAAACUCUGUGGCAAUGGCACGGUGAAGGAAACCCGUGGAGUCCAAUAUGAUGCAAGCCAUGGCGGUGACUGUCCUGACCCAGCUUCAGACCAGAGGGAACGGUGGGUCCCGUGCAAUGUGGAUCCCUGCCCUGUUGCUUUGGUGGAAGGUUUCCAGAGCACUUUGGUGGCCACAGCGCAGACCGUUCAGAGCAUCCAGCAAACGACUGAUGUCAGCCGGACAUUGAAUUUGGAGCUGCUGCAGAACCACCCCCUGUCUGACUGCACUGCUGGUCUCACAGAAGAUAUGACCGAUGCUGCAGCAGCUUGUGAAAAGAAUAAUUUGGUUGCAGUGAAAAUUAAGGAGAUGUCCCCAGUGCUGGAACAAGUGCAGGAUGAUUGUGGGCUGAUUGUCCCAUUCUUCAGAGAGGUGGUGAAUUCCUUGAAAUGGGAUUUGAAUGCCUUGUUCAAACAUGCUUGUUCCGGCAAUGCAGAAAGUGGAGAGACAACCCUUUCAUUGCUGGAUGAGCACAUCAAGGGCCUGCUGGAGCAGAUUGAGGUCUGCAGAACUCAUUCCAAAACUUUGAAAGCCAAGAACGAUGAGUUGAUCUCCAGCCGCAUUGGCUACAGCCAAGAUGCUGAACGUCGGAGCGGGAAACUGGUUUCAGAGUUGAAGAAUUUGGAGGAGCUGGAAGAGCCAAGCUUGAAGAGCGAGUUGCUUUCCCGAGCUCGCGCUGUGGAGGAAACCAAGCAGAUUUUGGAGACCAAGAAGGAGGACUUGAAGAGGAGUGGUCGGCAAUUGGAAGACCUGAAGCAACAGCGGUUGCAUGGGUUGAGCAUCGAUAAAGCAGCGGCUGAUGAUGCUACUUCCAAAGCUGGCGAAGCCCGACAGCAUGCUGAGAACUUGGACUCUUCGUUGAAGGGCAAGCAGCGGUCCGAGAACCUUGAGAGGCUGCAGGAUGCCAAAAACGAAGCAAAGGACUUGGAGGAUCAGGCGCAGCAGAAGACGGCCGACUACAACGCCAAGAUCAAGGAAUACAACCAGGCAGCCGCAGACCUGGAGUCCACUGUCAAAGCUGGUGAGGAGGCAGUGCGCGAACACAUGCAGAGCAUUGCUGAGAACCAGAAGAUGAGUGACGAGGUUCGGAGUCGUCAAGUGAAAGUUGGCCAGAUUAUCUUGGGCAAGUACUUGGAGAUCCGAAAUCUGAACAGAUUUCAGCAAAUGUCCGAGGUUUCCAGCCAAACUCAAUUGGAUAGCCGCCUGGCAGAUGCUAGGCAGACGCUUCAAGGCUUGACCAUGAAAUUCAAAUUUGUUCGGGACUACCUGGAGUCGCUGAAGAAAGAGGGCCGGAUGAAAACAGGGCCAGGAGCUUGUGACGCGGCGAGAAACGUCGCGCUCAACAUCUUCCACUCCGUGAGGGAGGUGGUCCGAUUGGGCUGA